CCCCAGCCCGAGCCACUCGCAGUGCUGGCCAGCCGCGCGCCGCCCGCUGACCGCGCUCCGCUCAACACCGCUAGCCGCACGAACCAUGCCCGCCGUCGGUGACGCGACUGCCUGAGACCGACACACCUAGCGCUUCGCGAUACUGUGCUGUUAUAAUGAAUUAACAUUUGGACUGCUAUCCGAUAAACUUUCACUUAGGAUUGGCUUCGUCCCGAUCUGGUAAAUGUUAUUGAAUGCUUCUGAUGAGUGCACGGCGUACGCGCUUGCACGAGUGCGAGGGUGCUAGCCACCCGGCCCGAGCUGCUCGACGCCCGCAUGCUUACAUGUCACGACAUCCCACUAAAUGAUGAACAACGAAUUGUCGAAAAAUUUGCUGUAAUCCACGUGAUAACGCAGAACGUCAAACAAUGUUCAGAGUGGCUAGACCAAGACAAGAUUUUGACUGAGGCACCACGCUCAAUAUAUUCUGUUUAUCUAACUUACGACUGUUAUCAAAGCGUGCCAUACAUGUAAACUAAAAUAGAAUAUUGAUUAUAGUAGCUACACAAUAUAGUUACUUCAGUGAAAUAUUUAUGUGCAGUGCAAGGGUACAAUGGCGGUUUUUAUCGCCAAUAGCGAUAUGUUAGAGACGACGUCCAUAUAGAACGGAUACAAUACGUCGUACUGUCAUCGCUGUCCGUUGGUUCGAUAAGUGCAGGCCCGUGCUAAACGCGCCGGGAGUGCGCCGUACGUGCUCCGCGACUGAGCACAUGAGCUGCGAGCCCCUCAUGUUCACAGUUGGGGAAGCACAUUCCAUAUGAGGACACCGCGAGCAGCCUGUCAACUUCAUGGUGUCGAUAUCAAAAUAACAAUUCUAUUACUUUAAAUACACUUGGGGACGCAACUACCAUUAGGCUAGUGAAAUAUUUCGGCGAUAGAAUAUAAAAGCGCAUAAAAUUUUAAAUGAUUUUUACAAUACAUACGAUAUAAUAUAUCCAAGCUCUACGUAAAUGCUACAGCUGCUACGAUACCAUGUAGGCUGCUACGCAACAACGUACAUAAGUUAAGCGUGACCGGAGUAGAAUAAUGACGUGUAUCAAUUGGUACUCAAAUUUUAGAAGCUCUUUGAUGCUAAGCGUAAUGAAUACGUGAGGUAAUUCGUAAUGUUAGUGUAGAGCAGGCUCCGAGUGUGUGAGGCGCCGCGUACCGAGCACGCCGCGCGGCUCCGGCGAGGCGGCUCUCCGACAGGCCGCGGCUCGCUAACAUUCUCACAGAGCUCUUCCUUACUUCAAGGUGUCAUUGUAUUGUUCUGUCGAGAAUUCAUAGCAAAGGAUACCACCUGCGUCGCUGAAGCGGCGUCACGUAUAAUAUACAAUUGCCUCUCAGUUCUUAAUUGUGUUGUGAACACAGACUGUGCAGGCGAGUCUCCGCACGUGCCGCAAAGCUUUGCGCUCAUUUAAAACGAUGACCGCGACAUUUAGUAUCCUGUGUUAUUCUUUUCGUUUGUGGCAAACCAUUAAUGUGCGUCAGGGCGUGCGCUUUUCACCAAAUAUAAAACAAUUCCAAGCCUCACUGACGCAGGAGAAUCAAUCUCUACAUAUACAUAUGUUAUAUUGUAACAUGUUUUUAGUUCUUUUUUAAAGAAUAUUAUUGCAAUCUUCAUCUUAACAUGGCCCCAAUAUUUUUUACAGUAAAUUCGUAUGGUCGAACUUUUCGAAGUUAUAUGGUUACAACUUACUAAAGGUUUGAACCCCUGCGACACAAAAUUCCUUCGUGCGGGAGUCGUUAAAAAAUGGGGAAAAAAGACUUUAUGUAUGGUUACAUCAAUGUACAAUACUUCCAGUGCUUGCUACAUAAAGUACCAUGAUUUAAUUUAUGUUUAUUGUUGAAUUUUGUAUUAGUUUAAUUGACUGACAUAAUGAACGAUACUGUUUCGUGACGUGUAUUGCAGUGUAGUGUAAAUAGCAGGAAGAGGCCGCGCUGUCGCAGGCAGCACGCGCCGUGCCGCCGCCGCGCCGCCGCGCCCGCGCGUUCUUUAGCAUUAUGUUUAUGUAGUCAAACACCAAAACAAUAUUAACACUUCAUAAUAACGUUUGAACAGAUGUUCAUCCACACCUAAUAUUCACUUGUUCUGCUUUUAGCGUUACUAUUAAAUCCUUAGUCACGGUUUGCGUUGAUAGCCACACUACACACACAUCCUAUAUAUUACAUUAUUAUACGGAGUGAGUUUAUUUUCAGUGUAUUGUAAGACACCAGUGACAGCGGUUUCAGCCACUUACUCACAGGUGUACAAGUGUGGUUAAUGAUCAUUCCGCGUCUAUACGGAAAGCAUCAGCAGUUGGCUGUUUGGGGGCAUUAUUCUUUAUUACCCUGAGGAUAAUAUAGAAGCUGCUGAUAUACUAUUACACGUACUCGAUCCGCUCGGGUGACCAAAGGCUUGGUUUUCGCAUUUGACAAAUUAAAGGUAUUGAGAUGCAACGUGGCAGAAUUAGUGUUACUAGAAAUGUUAGAUAGAAUUACGCAACGCCUACGCUUCUUGUCCAAUAAUUUUCAAUUUUAUGUCUAAUCAUAUGACCGUACUUAAUUGUAUAUAGUUAAAAAUGUAUUGAAAACUUCAUUGCAGGAUACUUACAAAACACACAAUUAAAAAUAAAUGGUCAGUUCUUUGUAUGUUCUUUCUCUGAGAUCCUACAAUAGAAAAAAAAAACAGUAUAAGGAUACGUCAGCUUUGGUUCUAUGAUGUGACAUUGGGCUGUCGUCGCAUUAUCGCGACCUCUCUGUUAGUACGAUCUAAGCAGCGUCAGGAGCAACGGCCCGCGAACACUCCGACGACACAUUGUACCGCCGAACAUUGAAACAGCUUUCGGGCGCAUGUUUACUGACAGUCGACUGUAAUAUCCUCUUAUCCUCCUCGCAUCGUGCAAACCUACGAGCCAGCAUAUUAUAGGGUACCGCCGUGCCAUUUGGAAAUCCUUAUUAUAGCUCUACUAGUAUCGCAGGCUUUUGUGUUUUAGUUUAUGUCCUCUUUAUUUGGUCUUUUUUAGCAGGAAUAGCCUGAAAUGAAUACAAUUAUAAGUCCAUGUGUACGAAUUACUUGAAAUAAAACUAAAAAUUCGUGCUAGCUAAGAGCAAAAUAAAAAACUACCAAACUGACUUCCAUGUUUUUUGGAAUCAAACGAUCUGUUGAACGAGCUUUAAUCGAUCGAAAUACCUUCUCGCUUGAGAAGACGAUUGCAAAAUAAACUGUUAAGGUAACUGGUAAAAUGUCUAAAUAAGGUAAUGGAUCAUGUGACAGUUUAGUUAUUCGUUUCGAUUUUGAUGUGUGCAGACCGUGGGCAAGCGGCGCGCGGUGGCGGCGCGAUGCGCUGACGUCAUGCGCGGGCGGAGAUGCCGCGCCGCGCUGCGCCGCGCCACGCGGCCCCUCUGCUGCUGCUGGCGGUGGGCGCGCUCGCCGCGCUCGCGCCCUGCGCCGCCAACCCGGACGCCAAGCGCCUCUACGACGACCUGCUCAGCAACUACAACAAGCUGGUGCGCCCCGUGCUCAACGUCAGCGACGCGCUCACCGUGCGUAUCAAGCUCAAGCUGAGCCAGCUCAUCGACGUGAAUCUCAAGAAUCAGAUUAUGACGACCAAUCUUUGGGUGGAACAGAGCUGGUACGAUUAUAAGUUAUCAUGGGAGCCGCGAGAGUACGGCGGCGUCGAAAUGUUGCAUGUGCCCUCCGAUCACAUUUGGCGUCCCGACAUAGUUUUGUACAACAAUGCCGACGGCAACUUCGAGGUGACGCUGGCGACGAAAGCGACGCUGAACUACACCGGGCGCGUGGAGUGGCGCCCGCCCGCCAUAUACAAGUCCUCCUGCGAAAUCGACGUCGAGUACUUCCCGUUCGACCAGCAAACUUGUGUCAUGAAGUUCGGCUCGUGGACAUACGACGGGUUCCAGGUGGACCUGCGCCACAUCGACGAGGUGUCCGGCACCAAUGUGGUGGAGCUGGGCGUCGACCUCUCCGAGUUCUACACCUCCGUCGAGUGGGAUAUACUCGAGGUCCCCGCCGUCAGAAAUGAAAAGUUUUACACGUGCUGCGACGAGCCUUACCUGGACAUAACGUUUAACAUUACGAUGCGGCGCAAGACGCUGUUCUACACGGUGAACCUGAUCAUCCCGUGCAUGGGCAUCUCGUUCCUGACGGUCCUGGUGUUCUACCUGCCCUCCGACAGCGGCGAGAAGGUGUCGCUCUCCAUCUCCAUCCUGCUCUCGCUCACCGUGUUCUUCCUGCUCCUGGCCGAGAUCAUCCCACCCACUUCGCUUGUCGUGCCGUUGCUCGGCAAGUUCGUGCUCUUUACUAUGAUUCUGGAUACGUUCAGUAUCUGCGUGACGGUGGUAGUGCUGAACGUGCACUUCCGGUCGCCGCAGACGCACACAAUGGCUCCGUGGGUGCGGCGCGUGUUCAUCCACGUGCUGCCGCGCCUGCUCGUGAUGCGCCGCCCGCACUAUCGUGUGGACCCGCACCGCAGCCGCUUCGCGGGCCUGGUGAGUGCGGUGGCGGAGAGCGCGCCCUGGGAGGAGAGCUCUCCGCUAGCGGGUGCGGGAGCUGGGCCGCCCGGCGCACCCGCCUGCAGUGCGUGCCGCUCCUGCCGGCUGCACGACGCGCCCGCGCUCUGCGACGCCCUGCGCCGCUGGCACCGCUGCCCGGAGUUGAACAAGGCCAUAGACGGCAUCAAUUACAUUGCUGAACAGACGCGCAAAGAGGAAGAGUCUACAAGGGUAAAAGAGGAUUGGAAAUACGUGGCGAUGGUGCUGGACCGGUUGUUCCUGUGGAUCUUCACGCUCGCCGUGGUGGUGGGCUCCGCCGGCAUCAUCCUGCAGGCGCCCACGCUGUACGACGAGCGCGCGCCCAUCGACGUGCGUCUGUCGGAGAUCGCGUACGCGACGGCCAAGCCGCGGCCGCCGCCGCCGCGCUAGGCCCCCUCGCCGCGAGUGUUUUUUUAUAAUUUAUUUGUUACGGUGAUCCAGUGACUCCAUAAAUGUCCGUUUGUAUUUUUCCGGCGUUCUGGAUCGCCGCAAAACGUAAUUUUACGAUGUUGUAAAUAAUAUACAUACAUAUUAUAGUUUAUACGACGAAACGACACGAUCGAAUAUAAGUCGAAUUUCUUUUGAUAGAGACGAAAUAAAACGAUUGUUUAUAA